AUCUCCUGCUGGCAGCAGCGUUUGUCUCCGAUGCGCAGUACAACAGAAAUAUUCCUUUUAAGACCUCGCCGGAGGCAGUCAGGCUUUAUUAUCUCUAUAACCACUGGAUUAUGCGAACAACUACCUACUUCUUCAUCUUUCUCAUCCUGUCCCUUGCAGUGUUUGAAGAACCUGCUGUGUAUCCGCUCCCCUUCUUGGCCACUUCUCUGGUCGAGGUGGUGUGCCUUCUGGUGUUCUUUGGCCGACUGGCACACUUUGCAAAAGUCACCCUUCGCAACGUAUUUUGGAAGGAUACAAAGAACAUCUGCAUCAUGGUUGCAAUCUUGUUAUCCCUAACAGACUUGGCCAUAUAUGGGGUCCUCAGGAUAUACAAUGUGAAGAGCAUUCGGUGGUCAAGAAUUGUGCGGCCCAUCUUCCUGAUCAACUUUGCAGAGAGUCGCCAGAUUCGGAGAGCCUUCCGCAGCAUCCGCAACACGCUGCCUGAGAUCACCUACGUCUUCUUGCUCUUCAUGUUUAGUCUUCUCAUGUUCUCCCUCAUGGCCUUGAAACUGUUUGGCGAGAGGAAUCUCCAGACAGCAGAAGGCUUGCCGUAUUUCAAAAACUACCUAGAAAUUGUGUUUGACCUCUAUGUGCUGGUGACAACAGCAAACAGCCCGGAUGUCAUGAUGCCGGCAUUUGACUUUAGCUCAUGGUAUGCCCUGUUUUUCAUUGCCUUUGUCAUCGUCAACACUUAUAUCUUCAUGUCUCUCUUCCUGGCUGUUGUGUACAACAACUACAAAAAACACCUGAAGAAUGAGAUCCGUAAGCUGGCUUACAUGAAGCACCGCAAGAUGAUAGAGGCCUUCAACCUCCUGAAGGAAGAGGAAGGAGCACAGUUUGUGGUUAGAGAAGCCCGGUGGAAGCAGCUUGUCAAGCUGGUGGCUCCUGAUAUCAGCAACUCCCACCGAGAGCUGCUGCUACACAUCUCGGAUGAUGAGCAGAAGGGUUUCAUAGACAAGAAGUCAUUUGUACAACUGGCAGAUCUCCUCAACAUCCAGGUGAUUACUCUGAAAAUACGCAGCCAUCCACUGGGGCAAUGGGUGCCUCGCAUAUACAAAUCAGCAGUGAGUCAGUUCCUGCGCAGCAUGGUUAGGCACAGGGGAUUUAUUUGGACUUACGAUGUGAUCAUUCUGAUAAAUGCUAUCUUCAUUGCUCUGGAUGAGGAAAGCCCCUAUAUUUCUUACGCAGAGUGGGUCUUCCUUGCUUUGUAUAUAAUAGAGAUACUCCUGAAGGUGUACACUUAUGAACCGAGGGCGUUCUUUGGCAAAAAUCAGUUCUGGAACUGGUUUGAUACCCUCAUCAUCUUUGCUGCCUUGAUUGCAACGGUACUCAAUACCACCCUGAAAUCGACCACAAAGUACAACAGCCAACAGAUCCUGGACAUUGUCUUCAUCUUAAGGGUCCUCAGGCUAAUAAGGAUUGUUGACAGCAUUCAAAGGUUCCGGGUCAUCAUGAACACACUGAUAAACAUCGUACCGACAAUGUUGACAUUUGGUGGGCUGACUCUGGUUGUCUACUGUGUAUUUGCUAUCAUUGGCAUGGAGUUAUUCCAUGGGAAAAUCCAGUUCUUCCCUGUAAACUCGAAUGCUCCUCAUGCCCUGGAAUGCGGAAACCCAGCUCUCAAGGAUUCUCUGUUUGCCCGUGGGAAAUACUGCAAGAACAACUUCAACAACUUUGCAUCAUCCUUCAUCGUCCUGAUGGAGCUCACUGUAGUCAAUCAGUGGCAUGUCUUUGCUAAUGGAUUUGCCAACGUGACAGUUCAGCCUGCGAAGCUGUAUUUCAUCGCCUUCCACAUUGUGAUGGUGAUAAUCAUUGUCAAUAUCUUUGUGUCGUUCAUUUUGGAAGCUUUCUUUGUGGAGUACUCGCUAGAGAAGAGUGAAGUAGAAACAGCCAUUGAACAGAAAAUCCAGGAGCUGGGAAUGGGAGUUCAAGAGGAUGAGCUACAGGGUGAGCAGCUCCUUGAUAACAUGGAGAGUGCUGAGCACAACCUCGAGGGGGAAGGAGGAACAAAGCCACAGUCUAAAGGGCUGGUGUUUAAAAUUGCCUCCAAACGGUACAGGACAGUUGAUGCUCUGCUCCAGCGUAUGUUUGAGGCAGAAAUACCCCUUGAGGACGAAGGCCCUUCGUUUGAGGAGAUCUUAAACUUGUCCCCUACUGCUGCUGUACCCAGUAAUGUGACCUUAGAGGGUGCUGCAUAACGGGGGCAACCCAUGGCAGCUGACAGAAGGAGCUAACCCUCAGCUGCCCUGGCCUGCAGUGUGUUCCCUGGCUGGCUGCC